GCGCAGGCGCCAUCUCGGGGCUGGGUUGGCGAAUCCCUCCUUGUAGUCUGAGGUGCGCGCGUGCACGUUCCGUUCCGUCUCCCUGGAGAGUUGGUGCGUGUGCGCGCGUCGUGUGGCGCGUGGUUGUGAACGCCUAGCCGUUCGGGAACGCACGUGGUAGCACACACUUUGGUACACGACUGAGUCCCAAGAGAAGCGCUCUGUGCGAUCCUCCUGGCUUCAGGCCUGAGCUCCUGACGCAGGACCCAGGAUGCUCACCUCUGCAGUUUCAAGUCGUUAGGCCUUGGUUGUCACCCCCCAUCCUAGUUCCUGGAGUAGGAGCCGAUAAAAAUACUGCGUUCUGUGGUGAAGGAAGAGGGGGGAGGUGAGGGGCUUCUGGCUGCCGCCGGGUCGCUCCCUAAUGAGGCUGAGAGCGAGCGCUCCAUGUGUGCCUCCACGAGUUAUUUGUACACAGAUGUUCUACACUGCAGACCUGCAUGCACAGGCAUGUGCCCCGUGCGUGGAGAUGUGUGCUCAGAAUACAUCUGCACGUGUGCACAGGGGGAGCGCAUGACCACCGCACACGCACCGCAGCAGGCAUGUAGGAGCUAACACCUAAGUGCAUGUAUGUGUCCCGGUGAGCAGAUAUGUGUACUACAUCCCUGUGCAGACCUGCAACCUGUGGGUUGUAGCCUCUCUCAGGCACCCAGCAGAGGUUCAGCUAAGGCCCAGCUCCUGCUUCCAGGGAUGGACCUCGUGGAUCCUGACAUCUUUAAUAGGGACCCUCGGGACCACUAUGACCUGAUACAGCGACUGGGUGGAGGCACCUAUGGGGAAGUCUUCAAGGCUCGAGACAAGGUGUCCGGGGACGUGGUGGCACUGAAGAUGGUGAAGAUGGAGCCUGACGAUGAUGUCUCUACCCUUCAGAAGGAAAUCCUCAUUUUGAAAACUUGCCGGCAUGCCAACAUCGUGGCCUACCAUGGCAGCUACCUCUGGCUGCAGAAGCUCUGGAUCUGCAUGGAAUUCUGCAGGGCUGGUUCUCUCCAGGACAUCUACCAAGUGACUGGCUCCCUGUCUGAGCUCCAGAUUAGUUAUGUCUGCCGGGAAGUGCUCCAGGGACUGGCCUACCUGCACUCCCAGAAGAAGAUUCACCGGGACAUCAAGGGAGCCAACAUCCUUAUCAAUGACGCUGGGGAGGUCAAGCUGGCUGACUUCGGCAUCUCGGCUCAGAUUGGGGCGACGCUGGCUCGACGCCUCUCUUUCAUUGGGACCCCCUACUGGAUGGCUCCAGAAGUGGCUGCAGUGGCCCUAAAGGGAGGAUAUAAUGAGCUGUGUGACAUCUGGUCCCUGGGCAUCACAGCCAUCGAACUGGCCGAGCUACAGCCACCACUCUUUGAUGUGCACCCUCUCAGAGUUCUUUUCCUAAUGACCAAGAGUGGCUAUCAGCCUCCCCGGCUGAAGGAAAAGAGCAAAUGGUCAGCUGCCUUCCACAACUUUGUCAAAGUCACCCUCACUAAGAGCCCCAAGAAACGACCUGGUGCCACCAAGAUGCUCAGUCAUCAGCUGGUGUCCCAGCCUGGGCUGAACAGAGGCCUAAUCCUGGAUCUUCUUGACACACUGAGGAACCCCAGGAAGGGGCCCCCUGUUGGUGAGAGUGAAGAUGAGGAACCCGAGCCACCCCCUGCCAUCCCUCGGCGGAUCAGAUCCACCCACCGGGCCAGCUCACUGGGGAUCCCAGAUGCAGACUGCUGUCGGCGGCACAUGGAGUUCCAGAGGCUCCAAGGAGUGGAGCCCAGACCCCCAGCCGACGUGGUGUGCUUACAGCCCCCUGGAGACCUGAGGAGCAGCAGUCCCAGGAGCCACCUGUCAGAGUCUGAUGACGACUACGAUGACGUGGACAUCCCCGCCCCUGCAGAGGAAACACCUCCCCCCCUGCCCCCCAAGCCCAAGUUCCGGUCUCCCUCAGAUGACGGGCCUGGAGGGCUGGGGGAUGAAGGACAGCUGAGCCCUGGGGUGCUGGUCCGGUGUGCCAGUGGACCUCCCCCACGGACCCCUCGUCCCGGGCCUCCUCCAGUCACCCGCAGCCCCCAUCUCACUGCCCACUCAGAGCCCUCACUCUGGAACCCAGCUUCCCGGGAGCCUGACCAGCCCCCACUGCUGCCCCCUAAGAAAGAAAAGAUGAAGCGGAAGGGAUGCACCCUGCUUGUGAAGCUGUUCAAUGGCUGCCCCCUCCGGAUCCACAGCACAGCCGCCUGGACGCACCCCUCUACCAAGGACCAGCACCUGCUCUUGGGGGCAGAGGAAGGCAUUUUCAUCCUGAACCGAAACGAUCAGGAGGCCACUCUGGAGAUGCUCUUUCCUAGCCGGACAACCUGGGUGUACUCCAUCAACAACGUCCUCAUGUCUCUGUCAGGAAAGACCCCCCACCUGUAUUCUCAUAGCAUCCUGGGUCUGCUGGAACGGAAGGAGACCAGAAUGGGAAGCCCCAUCGCUCACAUUAGCCCCCACCGGCUACUGGCAAGAAAGAACAUGGUCUCCACCAAGAUCCAGGACACCAAGGGCUGCCGGGCGUGCUGCGUGGCGGAGUGUUCGAGCUCCAGGGGCCCUUUCCUGUGCGGGGCAUUGGAGACGUCGGUGGUUCUGCUCCAGUGGUACCAGCCCAUGAACAAAUUCCUGCUUGUCCGGCAGGUGCUGUUCCCGCUGCCCACGCCUCUGCCGGUGUUCGCGCUGCUGACCACGCCAGGCUCCGAGCUGCCGGCCGUGUGCAUCGGCGUGAGCCCCGGGCGGCCAGCGAAGUCAGUGCUUUUCCACACCGUGCGCUUCGGCGCGCUGUCCUGCUGGCUGGGCGACAUGAGCACGGAGCACAAGGGAGCAGUGCAAGUGACCCAGGUAAAGGAUGACAUGGUGAUGGUGUUGUUGGAUGGCUGUCUGAAACUGGUGACCCCAGAGGGAGCCCCAGUCCCGGGCCUUUGCACUCCAGAGAUCCCCAUGAUGGAAGCGGUGGAGGCCGUGGCUAUGGUCGAGGGUCGGCUUCAGGCCUUCUGGAAGCAUGGAGUGCAGGUGUGGGCUCCAGGCUCAGACAGGCUACUUCAGGAGCUGAGAGACCCCACCCUUACUUUCCGUCUGCUUGGCUCUCCCAGGCCUGUAGUGGUGGAGACACGACCAGCAGAUGAUCCCACUGCACCCAGCAACCUCUAUAUCCAGGAAUGAGUCCUCAGGGGGGUGUCAGGAACCAGACCGUACACCCUCUCUCCAACAGACACACUAGUGGCCAUGUCAUGUCCCAGUCUUCCAAUAAACAUGAUGUUAGCCUCUGC